AAUAUGCCUUAAACCUAGGGAUCCAUGCAUCACCUAAUUGUACCGUACAACUCAAAAGUUUACUUCUAACUUCAAAAACACAUGGUUAAAGCUGUCCUUAAUUACUCUAUAUAAACACUUCCCCUUUACUUCAAACACAUAUCACACAUUCAAAAAACACUAAAAAACCAUUUUCAUUAUAAAAGUUGUACGCAAUGCCUGAGAUUGAAGGGUCUCCAGGAAGUUCAAUGCACGGAGUCACCGGCCGAGAGCCGGUGCUGGCAUUCUCCGUAGCAUCUCCGAUGGUGCCAACCGAUACAACCGCGAAGUUCAAACUUCCGGUAGACUCCGAACACAAGGCUAAAGUCUUCAAACUUUUCUCAUUAGCAAACCCUCACAUGAGAACCUUUCAUCUCUCAUGGCUCUCAUUCUUCACCACCUUUGUGUCCACCUUUGCAGCCGCUCCACUUGUCCCCAUCAUCCGGGACAACCUUAAUCUAACCAAAUCCGACAUCGGUAACGCGGGUGUAGCAUCCGUGUCGGGUAGUAUUUUCUCCAGGCUUGUUAUGGGCGCGGUUUGUGACAUGUUGGGACCGCGCUACGGGUGCGCUUUCCUCAUCAUGUUAUCCGCUCCAACCGUGUUUUGCAUGUCGUUUGUGGAAAAUGCGAGCGGGUACAUCGCGGUGAGGUUCAUGAUCGGGUUCUCCUUGGCGACGUUUGUGUCGUGUCAGUAUUGGAUGAGUACUAUGUUUAAUGGGAAGAUUAUUGGGUUGGUGAAUGGGACAGCAGCCGGGUGGGGGAACAUGGGUGGUGGUGCUACGCAGUUGUUGAUGCCGGUGUUGUUUGAGAUUAUUAAGAAGGCUGGAGCCACUCCGUUUACGGCUUGGAGGAUUGCGUUUUUUAUACCGGGUUGGCUUAAUGUUGUUAUGGGGAUAUUGGUGUUGACUCUUGGUCAAGAUUUGCCUGAUGGUAACCUUGGUGCUCUUCAGAAAAAGGGUGAUGUAACCAAAGACAAAUUUGGAAAGGUGUUAUGGUAUGCGGUGACAAACUAUAGAACUUGGAUCUUUGUACUCUUAUAUGGCUACUCCAUGGGUGUCGAAUUAACCAUUGAUAAUGUCAUUGCUGAGUACUUCUACGACAGAUUUGAUCUAAAGCUUCACCUAGCUGGAAUAAUCGCGGCCACUUUCGGGAUGGCAAACAUCUUGGCUCGACCAUUUGGCGGAUUCACAUCGGAUUUCAUGGCCAAAAGGUAUGGAAUGCGCGGGCGCUUAUGGAACCUAUGGCUCCUCCAGACCGCGGGAGGGAUAUUCUGCCUAUGCCUCGGUCUAGUCAACUCGUUACCAUUAGCCGUCACGUUUAUGAUCCUCUUUUCCAUCGGGGCACAGGCUGCAUGUGGUGCCACAUUCGGGAUCAUCCCCUUCAUUUCUCGACGAUCACUUGGUAUCAUCUCGGGAAUGACUGGAGCUGGUGGAAACUUUGGGUCUGGUUUAACCCAGUUAGUGUUCUUUGCAAAUGCUUCAUUCUCAACUGCUAGAGGGUUGUCUUACAUGGGUAUCAUGAUCAUAUGUUGUACACUUCCCGUGAGUUUGGUUCACUUCCCGCAAUGGGGGAGCAUGUUCUUGCCACCUAGUAAUGAUGGUGUAAAAGGUAGUGAAGAGCAUUACUAUGUCUCUGAAUGGACAGAGGAGGAGAAGCUUAAAGGGAUGCACCAAGGAAGUCUCAAGUUUGCUGAGAACAGCCGGUCUGAGCGUGGUGGGAAGGUGGCGUCGGUUCCAACACCACCUAACUCUACUCCUACUAAGCCCCUCCGUAGUGGGGCGAUAUCUUUGCCUUUUUAACUUCAAUUAGUUAUAUAAAAAAAAUUGAAAAUGGCCUUUGUGUUUUUCUUCAAAUUCAUGUAAUGUAAUUAUAUAGAUUUUAAUGUAUAAUUAAUAAUUUACCUAGUUUUUUAAUAAAAAA